UAAGAAAGGCGCCAUGACAGUUGUCAUUUGCGCGGGAAAUGUACUACCAUUAUAGCUAUUUUUCUGUUACUAGAAAUUUUCAAAAAUCUAACUUCUCCAAACAGUUCAGAAUUUUUUGUACUUCUAAUGUUACCUUUAAGGUUGGCACCACUGUAUUCAUACAAUUUCAAAUAUUCUAUUGUUCGAUUCUGCAGCGUACGCAAAGCUUCUUUCGAUUUAAACAAAGAACUGUCGAAGAAAGGUUUUAUCAAAUUUAAAUAUAUUAUUUUAAAUAUGGUUCGAACAAAAGCAGAUCGUGUACCUACAAAAGCUAUGGGAGCUAAAGCACCUCAUAAAAUUGCUAGUACAACAGCAAAAAAAUCAGGGAAUAGAGGAAAAAGUUAUUCUGGUGGAAAUCCUUAUCAUCCAAGAGAAACUCCAGAAUGGCAAAAACCAAUUACAAAUUUUAUGAAUCAAAACGUAACUAAAGAAAAUGAUGUUUCAUCCUCAUCAAAAAAUACUGAGAAUGAGGAAAAUAAUACAAAUGAUACUUCCAUUGAGAUUGAUAAUGAUCAAAAUUAAAGAAUUUGAGUACAGUUUUUAAAUAAUACGAAAAGAAUUUUAUCACAAUUCGUUUGUCUAUUUCAGAUUCAAUUAAAAUAUUCCGAGUCUUCAACAAAAAAUUGGGAUUUAAACAAUGGAAAAAAAAAGGAAAAUAACUGAUUAAUUUAAUUUUAUAAUAAGUAUAUUUUACCUUAAUAAUACUCAAAAUAUGUGUAAGCUUUUAAUUUAUGUGAUUAAAUAUUAAUAUUUGUGUGAUCAUGAACAAUUUUUGA